CAACUUGACUCAGCUGCGGCAUUCGGGACACGACCGACAAGUGCCUGGCCUGUGAUUUAAGAGAAGAGUGGUCCUGUGCUGCAGCCGAAUUUCCUUGGCUUGGAAAGGAAGAAUGAGUCACCUAUAGCUGGAGAUUUGACCAAUAUUUUGGAUGCCUGCAAAACUGAAGAUCUUUUUUUUAUCAUCCUGAGUCUUGCAGCUCCUGUUCUACAAGAAGCCAGAUUUAUACACGCGUAAAGACAUCUGUUCUACAUGGCUCUCCACCUUGGCUGCAGUUCAAUUUCCACUGACUUCCAUGAACUCCAUUGUGAAACCCAAGUGCAAUCCUCUCUUUGCAGCAGGACCAGCCCGUGACUCCUGAACGCAGACCUGCAACUUUUGGAUGCCCUCAGCCACCUCUCCCGAAGCACGUGGCUAUGGGGAGCAGCCACCAUCUUGAGGAAAGCCUUGAGCGGUAAUUAUACAGACUUCAAAUCUCCCCAGUGACAUCAGCUGGUUAAAAAAAUUUGGAUCAUGGGAAUAAUGUAAUCUGGAGCCUUUCAGCAGCAUCAUUCACACUCCAGAGAAGGCAGAAGAACUGAGAGAGUGAGGAUGUCACAGGACUAAGACCAAGACAGAGGGACUCAAAACCAGACUUGAAGGCCAGACUGAGCCAGUCCAGAAGGAGGAUGUUUUCUCCAGUCUCCAGUUUGCAUCUGUGCUUGUUAUUUGCCUGUCACUGCAGUUUAUGGCACUGCAGAGACCUGUGUUGAGAGAAGGGAGUAACGAGCUGACGCUGGAGUGCUGGGGAAGUUGCUUUGAGAUCCCCACGACGCAGCCUGCCACAGGAGCUGGGACCUAUGUGGAACAGCAGCGUGCACAGGGAUUAAUCCAGCCGUAGAGCCAGUCUGGCCUUAGAAGUGUUUCAAGGGGAAGCAGGAGGAUCCUUGAGCUGUUGCAGAGGCAGCCAACUGCUCCAUAUUUGGCUUCUAUUACCCAUUUACAUGCUGGAGAGAGGAGAGGCAGCGAGCGCUGUACCGCAGACAUCAUUUCUACUACAGUGGUGGAGACAUCCCGGACCUGUGUCACUGCAGGGGGAAGGAAAAAAACCAAACAAACAAAAAAGCAGACCCAAGCCCCGUGAUCAGCUAGGAAGACAUUUGUGUGCGAGUCUCUCUCUGACCCCCCCCGCCAACCCCACCUCCACUGACACUUUACACAGUCACAUCACAGGCCAAGCCAGAUGGGCAAGCAAUACAAGCUGUGAAUUUAUUCUCGACCCCUGUAGCUGAGUGACCACCUUCAUUUUUGUCUUCGCCAUACAGAUAUGCACUGCCAAUAAGUGAAAAGGUCAAGAAAAGCAGUAGCUCAGUGGCUGAAUUUUUCAGAAGUGCUUUACAGCAGGGAAAGUGGAGAAGCCUCUUACAGUGGUGUCUUAUUCAAUCCUGGAGCACAGGGGAAGAGUUUUAAUGCAAAACAUCAGAAACAAAAGGCUGCAACAUCUCCAGUGAGAGAGGAGAAAAAAAGGAGAUUUACGGUUGCAUCUUGAAACACUCACAUGAGCUCUGUCUUACUUUAUCUGAAAGAGGAACGCCAGUGAGAACCCGUGAGCAACCCGGCAGUUUCUGAAAAAUCUUCAUGCUAAAGGAAAAUCCAGAGCUCCCUGAAGAAGAACAUAGUGAAUGUUAAUCCAGAGGAGCUGUCGGAGGAUUGUGCUCACGGGGAGAUGAUUCCUCAUGAAGUCACUGGAUCCCUUGGAGAAAUCAAAUGUGACUUUCCAUUUAUCAGACUGAAACCAGAGCCAGCCAGACAGUGAAGCCAGCACAGUGGAGGGGGGACGGCGAAAGAUGAAAUCCAACCAAGAGCGGAGCAAUGAAUGCCUGCCGCCGAAGAAGCGAGAAAUCCCCGCCACCAGCCUGCCUUCCGAGGUGAAGCCGGUCCUGCCGAACGACAACCACCGCGCGGAUAACCUAGCAUGGCUCCCCGGCACCCCCCAGGGCGGCCCGGGGGGCCGGCACCGGCCCGCGGCCACCUCAGCGCCGGAGGCGGGCUUGCAGCAGGGUUUGCACAAGUCGCUGUCUGCAGGGCCGGACUAUUCCCCGCCGAGCGCACCCAGGUCCGUUCCGGCCUCCACCACUCUCCCCACGGUGUACUCGCCCGCCCUCUCCCAGUCAGGGACCCCCGUUUCCCCCGUGCAGUACACGCACCUGCAGCACACCUUCCAGUUCGUCGGGCCCCAGUACAGUGCGUCGUACACCGGCUUCAUCCCCUCGCAGCUGAUUUCCCCGACGGCCAACUCUGCGACCGGCACCGUGGCGGCGGCCACGGCCGUUGCGACCACUCCAUCCCAGCGCUCCCAGCUGGAGGCUUAUUCCACGUUGCUGGCCAGCAUGAGCGGCCUAAGCCAGCAGGGACACAAGGUUGAGCCGCACCUGGUCAGGACGCCUGGGCUGAUCGCCGCCGGGUCUCCUCCACCCACCCAGCAGAACCAGUACGUCCACAUUUCCAGCUCUUCCCAGAGCAACGUCAGAAACGUCUCUCCUCCAACCAUCCCGGUCCCCCUGCACCCCCAUCAGACGGUGAUCCCGCACACCCUCACGCUCGGCCCUUCCUCCCAAGUGGUGGUGCAGUACUCGGACUCGGGAGGCCAUUUUGUCACUAGGGAUCCCCCCAAGAAGCCCGAGAGCAGCCGGCUGCAGGCGCUGCAGGCCAAGGAGGUACUCAACGGCGAGAUAGAGAAGAGCCGGAGGUACGGCAUUUCGCCCUCCGCCGAGAUGGGCCUCGUCAAAGCAGGCAAUAAACCAGCUCCCCACCAUUACGAGACCAGGCACGUGGUGGUCCACUCAAGCCCCGCCGAGUACGGCGCGCGGGAUUCCUCAGGUGUCCGAGCCUCCGUCAUGGUGGUCCCCAACAGCGGCACGCCCACGGCAGACAUGGAGGUGCAGCAGGCCACCAGCCGCGAGACGCCCCCCUCAGCCCUCAACGACAAGGGAAGCUUGCACUUAGGGAAGCCGGCCCACCGCUCCUACGCCUUGUCUCCGCAGCAGGCUCUGGCCCACGAGGGGGUGAAGGCGGUGGCCACGCUGUCCCCUCACACCGUCAUUCAGACCACCCACAGCGCCUCCGAGCAACUCCCCGUCGGGCUGCCAGCCACGGCCUUCUACGCCGGGCCCCAGCCGCCGGUGAUCGGCUACCUGAGCGGCCAGCAGCAAGCCAUCGGGUACCCCGGCAGCCUGCCGCAGCACCUGGUGAUCCCCGGCGCGCAGUCCCUGCUGAUCCCCGUCGGCAGCGCGGACGUGGAGCCGUCGGGAGUCGCGCCCGCCAUCGUCACGUCGUCUCCUCAGUUCGCAGCAGUGCCUCACACCUUCGUCACCACCGCCGUCCCCAAGAGCGAGAACUUCAGCGCGGAGCCCCUCACCACACAGCCCGCCUACCAGGCCGCCAUGGUGCAGGCGCAGAUCCACCUGCCCGUGGUGCAGUCCAUCGCCUCCCCCGCCGCCGCGCCCCCCACCCUGCCCCCUUACUUCAUGAAGGGGUCGAUCAUCCAGCUGGCCAACGGGGAGCUGAAGAAAGUCGAGGACUUGAAAACAGAAGACUUCAUCCAGAGCGCGGAAAUCAGCAACGACCUGAAAAUAGACUCCAGCACUGUGGAGAGGAUCGAAGACAGCCAUAGCCCAGGCAUCGCCGUCAUACAGUUUGCAGUCGGGGAGCAUCGAGCACAGGUCAGCGUGGAAGUCUUGGUAGAAUACCCUUUUUUUGUAUUUGGACAAGGCUGGUCAUCCUGCUGUCCCGAGAGAACCAGCCAGCUCUUUGAUUUGCCAUGCUCCAAACUCUCGGUGGGGGACGUCUGCAUAUCGCUCACGCUCAAGAACCUGAAGAACGGCUCUAUUAAAAAGGGCCAGCCCAUGGACUCAGCUAGUAUCUUGCUGAAGCAUUCAAAGAACGACAGUCUAGCUGGAAGUAGACACAGGUAUGCGGAGCAGGAAAACGGGAUUAAUCAGGGAAGUGCACAGAUGUUAGCUGAGAACGGUGAACUGAAGUUUCCGGACAAAAUAGGAUUGCCUGCAGCACCUUUGCUCACCAAAACAGAACCCAGCAAGCCCCCGGCAACGAGGAAGAGGAGGUGGUCGGCCCCCGAAACACGGAAACUAGAGAAAUCAGAAGAGGAGCCACCUUUGACUCUUCCCAAGCCUUCUUUUAUUCCUCAGGAGGUUAAGAUUUGCAUUGAAGGUCGAUCCAACGUAGGGAAGUGAAAGCUGUUUGGGGAAAAGGAAAUUAGGCUAUCCCUUGUCAUUUUUAUCCAGAUUACUGUACUGUAGACUAAAUAACCCAGUAUUUACAUGUUAUCAUCUUAUUUUAGGUUUAUGUUAUAACCUUGUUGUUAUAGUUGCAGCUGGUAUUAUGCAGGAGACUGGUGCAUAUGUUUUUCCACAAGUGUUUGUCAGUGACUAGGUUUAUCGGGAGCUGCAGAAGGGGCAGUACCUGCUUCACACACCCUUAGUGGAAAUGAAUGUGUUGUCAUGGCUCCUGUUUUCUAACACCUCGCGUAGGACAGGGUCCAGCUGUGAUCCUCUUUUCUUUUCCUCGCUGUUCUGUUGUUUCGGUUCCCGUUACAGGGGUGUUUGU